UUACUAUCGCCCUUCGAAGCUGUUGACAAAUAAGUUGUCAAAUAAAUAAUAUAUUUAUGUAGAAUGAAUUAUAUACAUAUACUAAAAUACUUAUUUUUUUCCUGAAGGAAAUAAGUUACACAAGUGGCUUUUAUUUAUUUUAAUAAAAAUUUCGCUAACAUUCAUUGAACUACUAUAACUUUUACAGGGCAUUUCAUAGCCCACAUGAAAAAGCAUUUCCUAUUUGUAUCUAUUAUAUGGGCUUUGAAUUUCCUCACGAAAAGCUGUAAACAUGUUCGAGGCACGGCUCUCCAGCACUUUAACAUUAAAGAAGAUUGUAGAUGCGCUCAGGGAUAUACUGAACCAGAGCACAUUGGACUGCAGCGAUACAGGAAUACAGUUGCAAGCCAUGGACAAUUCGCACGUGUCGCUGGUUUGCCUGUGCCUGCGCAGUGAUUACUUUGAGAAAUAUAAAUGCAGUCGAAACGUUUCCCUUGGGCUGGAUCUCAAAUCCCUGACGAAGGUGCUGAAGUGCGCCAAUGGAGAUGAUGCAGUCACCAUCAAGGCUGCGGACAAGGCGGACAAAAUCGAGCUCAGCUUCGAGUCGGUGGGCAAGGAGCGUACGGCCGACUACGAGCUGCGUCUACUCAAUCUGGACCAGGAGCACCUAGCCAUACCCGAAACAGAGUACAGCUGCGUUAUCCAUAUGCCAGCCGCAGAGUUCGCCCGGAUCUGCCGCGACUUGGCCGUGUUUAGCGAGUCGGUGGUCAUCGCCUGCUCUAAGAACGGCAUUAAGUUCUCUGCUAACGGGGAGAUGGGAUCUGCGAACAUAAAGCUAAGCGAGACUAGCAAAGGAGAGGUUACCUUACAGGUGGAUGAGCCCGUAACGCUCUCAUUUGCCGGUCGGUAUUUGAACACGUUUACACGUGCCACGCCCCUGGCGGAAAAAGUGAAGAUCGGCAUGGCAGCCGAUGUUCCGUUACUUGUGGAAUACCCUAUCGAAGAUUAUGGCUAUAUACGCUACUAUUUAGCGCCCAAAGUAGACGAUCCAGACAGUUGAGUGCAAUAAACUAGAUAAUGUGCAAUAAUUUUAUAAUUUACACAUAUAUGUAGUAUGUAUAUAUAUAUUUUGUUGUUUUGUGUUGUAUAUCAAUUUUAAUUUUUUGUUAUAUAUAGUUAAAAUGUAAUUAGUCGUAUAGUUUUUUUUUGCACUGCUGUAAUAAAUUUGCUCUUUUCCUCUUUUAAA